UGAUAUCUGCACUUGUAACACAAGCCUGUAAUGCCCCACCUUGGCCAUUAUCUUAAUGUUACUAUAAUUAGACCUAAAACUUGAGGAAAUUAAAUUUAGGUUUCAUUUUGCCCUGACUCUUUACUGACAGCCUGUGUCAUUGUCACAAGCUGUUUGUUUGCUGUUCAGAUCGGCUGCUAGACAUUUGUGUGUUUAGCCACCAGCUACCACUGGUACUGACAGGAUGGCACAAGCAGAGUGGAUACAUAUCUUCAAGACUGAAGCAAAUGAUCUCAUGCACAACUAUGGACACACCUGGCAUCUGGAGUUUGAUUCCUCAGUUAUACCCCUGCAGCCAGAGUGGAGAUGGAAGGAAUACAUCAGAAAUGCAGGUGCAAGGUUUCAGUGCACCCAGUGUCAAAGAAUCUGGCCUUCAAACCUAGUGAAGGUAGUUUUCCACAUGCGCCUAAUGGGCAGGAGGGGCACUGUCAAACUGAGGCCAAUGCGUCAGAGCUGCAAGAUAUGCUUGGACGCCCCAAUGGAAGAUCCCAGCAUCAUGUUAGAUCACAUCCCCACCCUCAUGAGAAGUCUGGUGAAGAAGAUAAGAAUAAAGUGCUACAAUGAGAACCUGAGUGAAGGGAACAGUUAUUACGAGGGGGUUGAUGUUAGAAGUCCCCAUGAGCCAGAUUUCUGCGAGGGAUGUAUCCACGGCAUCUGUGCAGGAGGGCAAACCUUCUAGUGUUGCUGGUUUUAACCCACCUUUUAUUAAUUUACCAGAAAAGCAAUAUUUGUCCCAGAUCGGCAGCUGAUCUGUUUCACUGUACUGCUUUCUCUAACAUAUAUAUAAUGUAUAAGAAUGUAAAAAUCAAUUUCUACUUAAUGAUAAUAAUUAAUAAUUUAAAUGUAUUGGUGAUGUAUGUGCUGU